AUAGACACCAUGGUUGAGUGGUUUUUAAAGUUCUUCAUCUGCGCCUUCUUAUUACUGGUGAGCAGUUUUGUUGUCUUUGGUUCUUCUUGUUUCCCAUAUCAUUUUUCCAGACAGACCAAUCAAAAAUUCCAACAGAAAACAGAUAGGUUCUUGGAGUUUGAUGAGAAAUCCAAUAGUUGGGUUGAAGUGGAAUUGCCUUUCGAUUUGGUUUCUUGCAUCAAUGGGAACUGUACUAAAGUGGGUUCUAUUUCUCAACCAAGGAAGAAAGAAGAUCUCUUGGAGAAAGGAUUUGAUGCUCCUGAACAAGGGGAGGAUUCAAAAACCAUGCAUAAUGACAGAGAGUUAGCAGAGGAGAGUUCUGAUCAGGUCCUUCUGCCUGUGAGAAGGAGAAUUUCACUAACUAGAAUGUCUGAAACUUCUAUUUGGGUAACAGGAGAAAGUGGGUCUACCUAUGAAAGGUUCUGGAAUGGUGUGCAGUGGGUAAUUGCACCCCAUGAAUUACCAACAUCUGCAGGUCCUGCAGUUUCAGUUUUUAUUGUAAAUCAGACUAUUCUGACACUCUCUGAAGCAGGAAACCUUUAUCAGAUGCAACUCAUUGAAAGUUCACAGCCAGUUUGGAUUGAAUGCACUCCUACACUUGAGCACAAUCCACAUAGUAUGGAAACAGAACCAAGUUCUAUCUUAAUCAAGUCUGGUGUUGUUUCUUAUGACAAAGGGAAAGUUUACUUCUCCACAAUGGAUGGAUCAUUGUUGGAACUUAGUGAAGUUGAGCCUUGGAGGUGGAUAUAUCAUGGCAGACCCCCAGGUGCAAAUGUUGCAGCCAUUGCUGAUGCUGCCACCAUUAGACCUGAUGUAGUGUUUACAAUAAGUUCCUCAGGGGAUCUUUAUGAACUAGAUAGGAACUCAAAGCCAUCAUGGAAGAAACAUAUAUGGAGCAAAAGAUUCAAGCAAGAAAUAUCCUUGACACCAUCAAUGGGGUGUAUUAUACAUGGAUUGAUGGGAACUCAUUCUAUUUCCUUGUUCCUUUUAACAAAGGAUGGUAAUCUGGUUGAGAGGCGGCUUCAUCAAAGGAAGUGGGGAUGGAUAGUCCAUGGAAGUCCAAAAUACCACCACCUAACAUCCAUCACACCAGUUGCACAAGAUGAGUUAAAUGAGAAGAUAUUCUCAUUGUUCUUUACUACAGCUGUUGGAUCCAUUUUCGAAUAUCAACUUCCUAGACAUUCAGGCGGUGCUCAGGGAGACCAAAUGCCAGAGAAAUGGGUGAAUCACAUGUAUCCACUGCAUGCAAAAGCUGCAAGAGGUAUUGCAGGUCUGCAGUGUCAAGUUGGAAGGAUAUUGUUCCCUCUGGAUGAUGGUAGACUAGCAGAGCUGCAUUUAUUUGGCAUUGGUGGUGAAGGUUCAGGUCCAACUCAACAGGUCAACAUGCGAAGAAAAGCAUCAUUUAAGUAUGAAUGGUCAAUCCUAGAAGCUCCAGAAACAGAGGGAUGGAAUGCAGAGUAUUGUACCGAAGAAAGGGGGCCCUCAAAUUGCAUCACAGGCAUAAAAGAUGGACCAAAUGACUCUGGAAUUGUAAGGCCAACAACAAAAAGGCGAAAGCCGGGUCAAUCAAAUCAAAGUUACCUAGUCCCUGGUGCAUCAGAAAGCAUUGGAGCUAAUUCUCCUGACCAACAUAACUUCCCGGUAGAUGGUACCAGCACAAAUUUCCGUAUGCGAGUAAUGCACACAGGCAUGUCAUUUUUUAUUGUGACAGAUAGUGGGGUGACUUUUGAGCAUCUGAAUACUGAGAAUAUAUGGUUGUGGCUGAGACAUGAUCAUCCUACAAUUAUGAAAGGUAUUGUUGGAAACUACAAUGGAAGUUUGUUUCUUGUUGACAUAGAUGGGAACUUACUUAUCAGAGAAAGAAGAGGCGAUGAGCUAACAUGGAUAAACUGCACUGCCAUGAAAAAGGGUACGCAAGUGAUCGGAGGGUCUCCAUGGGAUAAAAUACCCGGUAUAUCUUUGAAGGUUACAGCAGAAGAUGCACUUUUCUUUGUGAGCAAAAAUGGAAGAUUACUUCAAUUUUCAGUUGCCUUGCGAAAGUUCAAGUGGAAAGACUGCCGACACCCCCUAAAUACCAGAGUUGCAUGUAUAGUUGAUCAAGAAGUGCUUCGGGCGAACAUAAUUUUUGUCAUUGGAAGGAAUGGUCAGCUUUAUCAGUAUAACAAAGUGACAGAAUUAUGGCAUGAACAUUAUCAGUCCCCACAUUUGGUUCUGUCAAGAUUGCCUGGAACAUCUAUGAGACCAUCAUCUUCAUCACUAACAGGCUCCCUAUUUAUGGUUUCGGAAGAUGGUGGACUUGUUGAAUAUCAAUGGAACCCAAUGGAUGGAUGGAGUUGGGUGGAACAUGGAACACCAUCUAAAAGUGUAAAUAUGAUCAGUUCACCAGGGCCCUGCUUUGAAGGCAAUGAAUUGUUCCUCAUAGGCUCAGAUGGUGAAGUUUAUCUUAGGUAUAUGGACCAAACAACAUGGAAAUGGAGAAACUAUGGUUUCCCAUCUUCAGAGGAUGAAGGUGUAUAUGAUCUCAACAAAAGCUGUGAUGCUAAGGUGGCACCAAUAAGACCAAUUCCAUUUUCUGAGGAUUCUGUGAUCUUUGAGUUACAAGAUGGCAGAUUAGCAGAAUUGCAAAGAAUAGAUGACACAGAAUGGAUAUGGACGCGUACCAUCGACACGCCGAUGAGCCAGUGCAUGACAACUUAUGGAUUAGCAUCAUGACAAUAAAUACAACCUCACAAAAAUCAAAUGCAAUACUGAAGUAUCAAAUGUAGAGAGUUGAUACA